AUGGUGAAUCGACGGCUGAUGCAACAUCUUUCCGAGAACCAUUUACUGGACUGGAGUGGUCAACAUGCGUUCCGGCCAGGCUACAGGACGACCACUUAUCUGGCCACCCUGAGUCAUGCUCUGAAUGAGGCAAGAACGGAAAAUCUUCACACUGAGUUAGCUGCGCUGGACAUCUCCAAAGCGUACAAUCGAGCUUGGACACCGGCGGUCCUGCAGCAAUUCAACAGUAGGGGUAUCGCGGGUCACAUGCUCCACUUUGUGAAGGGCUUCUUGAGCCUUUGUUCUUUCCAAGUAAUGAUAGGGAACGAAAAAUCGAGGGAAUUCGCCGAGGAAUCUGGAGUCCCUCAAGGCUCCGUACUAGCCGUGACAUUGUUCCUCAUAAAAAUGAACAGCAUCUUCGAGAACCUGCCAAGGGGUAUUCGUAUCUUCGUAUACGCGGAUGACGUGAUGCUAAUGGUAGUGGGUGCCUCUGUCAAGCUGGUCAGGAAAAGGUCAUCCAAGCCGUUUCUUGGGUAG